AUGAUGACAAUUCAGAAGAAGGCCUUCACACCAUCCAUUCAGGAAGGCAUGAAUAUGCAUUCAGCUUUGAGCUUCCACAGACACCACUUGCUACCUCAUUCGAAGGCAGACAUGGCAGUGUGCGCUAUUGGGUGAAAGCCGAAUUGCAUAGGCCUUGGUUUCUACCAGUAAAAUUAAAGAAGGAAUUUACAGUCUUUGAACAUAUAGAUAUCAACACUCCUUCAUUACUGUCACCCCAAGCAGGCACAAAAGAAAAAACUCUCUGUUGUUGGUUUUGUACCUCAGGCCCAAUAUCCUUAAGUGCCAAAAUUGAAAGGAAGGGCUACACCCCAGGUGAAUCAAUUCAGAUCUUUGCUGAAAUUGAGAACUGCUCUUCCCGUGUGGUGGUGCCAAAGGCAGCCAUUUACCAAACACAGGCGUUUUAUGCUAAAGGAAAAAUGAAGGAAGUCAAACAACUCAUUGCCAACCUGCGUGGGGAAUCCUUGUCAUCUGGCAAAACAGAAACCUGGAAUGGCAAACAGUUGAAAAUUCCACCGGUUUCCCCUUCAAUCCUUGACUGUAGUAUAAUUCGUGUGGAGUAUUCACUGAUGGUAUAUGUUGAUAUUCCUGGCGCUAUGGAUUUAUUCCUUAACUUACCAUUGGUCAUUGGCACCAUUCCUCUACACCCAUUUGGCAGCAGAACAUCAAGUGUGAGCAGCCAGUGUAGCAUGAACGUGAAUUGGCUUGGUCUGACACUGCCUGAAAGACCAGAAGCACCUCCCAGCUAUGCAGAAGUGGUCACAGAGGAGCAAAGACAGUCCAGCCUUGCACCCUUAGGUGUUUGUGAUGACUUUGAGAGAGUGCUUCCAGGACCGUUGUUUGUGUAUAUCCAGGAAUUCCGUUUUCUGCCUCCACCCCUCUAUUCAGAAAUUGAUCCAAACCCAGAUCAGCCCACAGAUGACAGACCAUCCUGUCCGUCUCGUUGAAGGAAUCCGUAAGAAGCUGACUUGACUUAGGUUUUUAAAUCAUAUUGGCUGUGUUGAAGGCCAAGGCAUCACAGUGGAGACGCACUUUCAGAGAAAGUGCGUUUCUUCUUGCCUGUGUGGUGAAUAAAUGAAAACAACCUGUGAUGAUGCUUCGAAGCCCACAGUGACAUUGUAAGACUGCUCCACAUGCUUGAAGACCUGAGCUUUUCCCCCUCCCUCUUAAAUACUGGCACAUACUAGGAGCAGCCUUAGUAACCUACCAUCAUGUGUGUCCAAACACUCAAACCACACUGAGAGGGAUGGCUUCCUCUUAUGAUUUGGAAAUUUGCACAUGUUUGUUGCUUACAUUGUGCGGUUCAGUGUCACUACAGCUCUUUCUCAUUUAUGCUGGACUUUUGUUAGCCCCUUCUUUGUUUGUGGUCCGCACAAUAAGGAGCAAAAGAAAGCUUUGACAAAAAAAAAACCAAACCAACAGCAACAGACUUUGACAAAUGCACUGACUUCUCUUUUUUAAUUUAAUGUAGCCUGGACUUUACCUGCAUAUGCACAUGCUCAGAAUUGUCCUAGUAGGCUGAUCAUAUAUCACCUCUUCAGCUUGGAUCCUAUUGUGGAUUUAUUUACAAACAUCAAAUGCCUUCAAGCCAGUCCUUUUUGCUGUGUGUUUUGCAGCCUACUGUAGUAGAUAAGCAACAGAUAUGGGGAUAGGGUUAGGGGGUGGAGAGUUAAUAGAAACUAACAGACUUCAUACCAUUUUGAUUUCUUUCAAGAAUUUGUUGCCUUUCUACUAUUAUCACAAAGCAGCAUUUUGUUACAGACUGCCUAAAAAUC